AUGUACUUCCCGACCUCCGCGGCAAGACAGCUCUCAAGUGUGCCGCCGCUCCCGCUGUCCUCCGAGCACGUUUUCGCUAUCGUCCCGAGCCCGCGCAAGACGCUCUUCGCGUCGCUCACCAGAAGUGGUCUCACCCUCUGGCGCGUCCGGCCGUCUGGGGUGCUUGCGCACCUUGAGCGCACCACGACAUCGAUCGCGGAGCACGGAGAGAACCUGAGGUUGCAUUGGUCUCCGGAGGGCCAGAGGAUUAUCGUCCAGAUCGUACCUUGUCCUGGUUACGCUCGAGUACAAUGCGAACGAGCUGCGUACCAAUCGCCGCCGCUCGCGCCGAACGCGGCGCGCCACUUCUUGCCCGGGGCUGGCGAAGCCCUGCCGUUCCAGUCGCUGUGUUUGCGCAUGGAGGGGGUCAUCCGGAUAGACGGGUCGUUGCUCAGCGUUUCUCCGCGAAAAGACUGGAUUGUCUUCUCAACCGCCAACCCGCCUGCAGUGCAGCGAGUGCCAUGGCCAGAUACCAGCGGGGAGGGAGGUUCGAAGGGGGAUUAUGACACCUGGGUCAUGAAUGACGAGGAGUUUCCGUGGCUUGUGGAUGCAGACGUGAGUGUAUGUGAAAUCUCUUUCCACCGGCAAACCGGCUUCGAGACUUGGAUUACCUCCGACGGACGGGCGUACCUGGUACAGCUGGUGGAGGACCACGAAUCCCAACUCGGUGCCCCAAGCGCGUCUGAUGCCAGUGCCGACGAUGAGCGAGUCCAGAUUGGACCUAUUCCCCACACCCGGCAGUCGUCGGAGAGUUCUGAUUCGGCCUCGCCAAUACAGUGGCACGGCACCUGCAUCCACCACGUCGACCCGCCGCGCUGGGUGCAGAAGCGCAAACAGGUCGACCCCGGCGACCUCGCCUCGUACUCUUACACGGAGCCGAAGCGCGCGAUGACCGUCUCGCUCAACCCGAAGUUCUCCAUGCUUGCGAUCGGGACGUACAACGGCGCGGUCGAGUUCGCAAGCUUUCCGUCGCUGGAGGGCAUCGUGCCGACCCCGCAGGUGCUGCAGAUCCCGAACAUGUACGCGCGCGCCGGCACGGGCUCGGUCUGUACAAUGGAGUGGAGCUCGGAUGGGUAUGUGCUGGCUGUCGGCUGGGAGAAGGGGUGGGCGGUCUGGAGCGUAGGUGGGCGGUGCCUUGCCUGGGGAUUCGGCGUGGAGUACGAGGUGGAUGAAGAGCGUUUCCAAGAUGCGUUUAUGUACGGCGUGAGGAGCUUAUUCUGGGCUCCAGGAAACUUUGAGCUCUUUAUGCUCGCCCAAUCAUCUCCGAACAAGCCCGAUGGGCAGAUGUUCGUCUUGCCAUUUGCCAAGAGUGCUACUACGGGACAACAGUCACCAGAUAAUACGCAAUACGGCUUCUUGCAAAUGGACGACCGUGUAUUGGUUUACCGAGGCGCGGACCAACCCGACAUGAGUGUCAUCAACCCUGAAUCGGAUGUCUGGCAGCAUAUCAAGGUUCCCCAAACAUACAUGUCUGCGCACUGGCCUAUCCGAUAUUCAUCACUAAGCACGGAUGGGCGUCUUGUCGCGAUUGCAGGACGAAGGGGACUCGUUCAUUACAGCACUACUUCGGGAAGGUGGAAAAUGUUUGCGGACGAGCGGCAAGAACAAGCUUUCACCGUCAAAGGCGGGCUGCUGUGGUUCCACCACGUUCUUAUUGCUGCUGUAGAGGUUGCUGGGGGAUAUCAGGUUCGCCUGUACUCCCGCGACCUCGAGCUGAGUAACCAGAAUGUCCUGCAUCGAGAGAUGAUGACCUGUCCAAUCGUCAUCCUCUCCCUCGUGGACAACUCAUUACUCGUCUACACAGCGGACAACACGCUUCACCACUACCUCAUCGUGCCCACGGCGGACUCCAUCAGGCUGCAUCUCUGCGGGAGCAUCACAUUCGACGGAGUUAUCGCCGUCCCAAACGCCGUCCGGGCUCUUAGUUGGAUGAUUCCAGCUGCGCAGAAGCAGCUCGGAGAUCCGGCCGAGGACCUAUCAGUGGCCACGGUCCUGAUGAUUGUCGGGGGGAAGUUGGUCCUGCUCCGGCCUCGCAAAUCGGAAGAGGGCGAGGUGCGGUACGACAUGCAGAUACUGGCUGACCGGAUCGAGUUCUGCUGGAUACACCUCCGAGGAAUCGGGACGCUGGAGAACUCGCUGUGGGGCUACGACGGGCAGGGUAUACGCGUCUGGCUAAACGCGCUAGCCAUCGAGGCCGUGCCUCCCCCAGCAGAAGAAGGCGGUAUGGUACUCGAUUAUGUCAAAGAGAGCGUCAAUAUCCCGCUGGACUUCUACCCACUAUCGGUCCUGAUGGACAAGGGUAUCAUCAUUGGGGUGGAAGUCGAGGCAGCGACGAGGACAAGCCUCUCGUUCACUAUGUUCCGACAUGUCACCAGUUCUCACCUUUUCCUCCAUCACAUCUUGCAGUCCCACCUGGAAAAUGCUCAAGGGAAAGAGGCCGUCGUUUUCGCCUCUCACUACCAGCACCUCGUCUACUUCGCACAUGCGUUGGAAGUCCUUCUCCACGCGGUCGUCGAAGAAGAUGCGCAGACCGGGUCCGAGUCCACCCCGGCGGGCACUCCCAAGAAUGGGCUGCUCACGACUUCCAUCGAGUUCCUGGACCACUUCGACGAUGCGCUGGACGUUGUCGUAGGAUGCGCGCGGAAGAUCGAGAUGACGAGGUGGCCGAGGUUGUUCAAUAUUGUCGGAAACCCAAAAAUAUUGUUUGAGUCUUGUCUGUCGUCCGGCCGGCUGAAGACCGCCGGGUCGUACCUCCUCGUCCUCCACGGCCUCGAGCAACUCGAUGGCAUGAACGACGACGCGAACCGGCUGCUACGGAGCGCCGUCGCUGCGCAGGACUGGCAGCUGUGUCGUGACAUCCUGCGCUUCCUGCACUCGAUCGAUGACACUGGCGCCGCUCUCCAGGCCGCGCUCGUCGAGACGCAGAUCGUCUCGCCCGAGGGCUCGCAAUUGGGCCAGCUUCCUCCCGAGUUGAAUGGGAACGGGGUUCAGGUUCAGAACGGCAACGGGAGUGCGCACUGA